AUGUCCAUGUCGUCCUCAGGUUCCUCUACUAUCCACCCAUUAAGCAACAACCCUUACCCUCAAAGCUAUCGUUCCUCGUCUAAACGCUCAUCCUCUUCCCAACCUGGCCGUCGUGUUUCCCAAGCAUCUUCCAACAGCAGUAAGCGUCAGCGCACCGCACCUCCUGUCCGCCGAACGACUCCGCCCUCUACCCCCCGUUACGCACCGUCCUCAGCGCCUUCGACCCCGUUGCCUGUUCCUCCUCCAGAUGAGAAGAAGCGUAGUCCUGUAUCACCUGCUGUUUUGAGGUCGAUUUUCGCUUCAUCCAGGACGGCCAACGAGGAGCGCAGCAUUUCACGGGUUGCUUUCUUCAGGUUUGUUGGCUUUAUUCUCAGCUGCUUGGGUAUUAGCGUAUAUGCUGCGCGUGGCAGGGGCAUUAGAGCAGCAACAGGGUUGGGCCUCUCAAUGCUCUAG